CCAGCCUGAAGUGUUCGCGUCGCAGCAGUCCGCGGCUACGCAGAACCCCCCUGGUCAGAGCGGGGAAGCAGGGACCUUGGGCGACGCAGCGGAGGACGAUAAAGACAAGGAGAAAGAGGUCCAAGACCACCCGGGCCACUUCCUCGAGGCGGAAAUCGAAAAUUUGCGCACGGGAGAGCAAGCGAUCGCGUUUUUUGCCAAGCAUGGUGGCACCACACGCAGGAAAUUCGUGUACGCACGACGGCGCUAUCUCGUUGAAAAUAGGAGCGGACUGGUGAUUGGGGGGGACGGCAAUGACGAUGCGGGUGUUCUUGACUUUCAAGGUCCUCGACAAGGUGCACAGGAAUCGUCUCACUCAGGAGUUCUUGCAAUCCCAGGCGCAUGUCCGACAGCGGUACUUUCUCCUACAGCGACACCGCGUCGAGGAAGUAACUCGGCCCGUCUGCAGGCGCAGCGAGGAGAGCCAAC